AUGUCUCUUUUUGGCGGUUUUACACCAAGAGAUAAGGCCGUCGAAUAUGCUAGGUCUUCUACAGCAUUCGAAGACGUGAAUUUACCAAGCUUUUUGUUUAAAGAGCUUGUCAACAAAGAUGAAAUUGGUCAUGGAGGGUUUUCUUCUGUUUUUACAGCGGAAUUGCCGCGAACUGUAAAAAAGUUCUUAGGAAAUUAUCAAAUCGACGCGAAAAUCUUGAUAAAAGAGGCAAAACUUUUGAACAGUUUACAACAUCCAAAUAUCGUGGCAUUCAAAGGUAUAUGUAAAAAUAAGUACGUGUUACUUUUGGAGUUUGUUCAAUUUGAUCUUAGGCCUUUUGGGGUAGACCUUCAGGCGAGGUCUCUGUCUGAGCUACUGUGUCAUUUUGACAAAUCUAACUGUGAGGGUAUUUCGAGAAGAGUGUUCUAUCGAGCUGCAGAAUAUGUCUCUCUCCUCUGCAGAGGCUUACAUGAAGUUUCUAGUGAGGGAAAAGUGAGCGUGCAAGGAGUGAUGGGAAGAGCUAAAUAAAGGAAGCCUCUGAGAGUUAAUGCAAUCAAUAUGGCGUCGUAUAUAAUCGUUUGUAGCGAAGUUCGACCAACCAUCGGGGGUGUUAAAACAUGGUUUCGACUUUCAUUUUCAGGCGUACUUGAGUAUACUGGGGUGAAUUCAAUAUCUUCUUCUGCCAUUUGCAUCGAAAAAUAUUGAGAAAUUGCAAACGAAUAUCAAUGGAUACGAGCUAUCUAAUUAUAAAUAUCCUCUUAACAUUUCUUUAUAAAAAUGACUCUAUUGAACUUCGAUACUCAGAUUUUGAAGAUUCAUUUCAAUUUCUUUCACAUUUCCGUCGAUUUCAAGUUUAAAAAAAGGUCAAACUAGUUUGGUUCAAAAACCAUAUUUCGUCGCAUUAUCUGGCAGAGCCUCCCCAACUUCAUUUCAAUCUUCCCAUCACACCGUGCACGCUCACUUUUAUUCAGGAAACUUCAUGUAAGUUAUUUGUAAAUACUUGAGGAGGCUCUGCAGAGAAGAGAGAGAAGAUGUCGCAUCCGGCGUUCAAUACCUUCACGCCGAAGGAAUUGCUCACCGAGAUUUAAAGCCGGCAAAUGUUCUUGUCUCAAACCAACAUUACUGUUGGAUGACUGAUCAGAACAAUGUCGAAAAAGCAAGUUUAAUCUCGCCUCUUGUUUGCAAGUUAACAGAUUUUGGGGAGAGUAGGUCAUGGGAAGUCCAGACCAAUACUAUCCUAACCAGCAAAACCAAUAGGAUCGUUAGAGGUACUCCAGUUUUUAUGGCACCUGAAGUAUUACUGGAAAACCUGUCUGCAGGAAAAGCGUCAGUACCGUUCAUGCAAAAAGCUGACAUUUGGGCAUUUGAAAUGAUAGUAUUCUGUAUCAUUAAUCCAGGAUUGAAACAUCCUUAUGAGUUAAAUAUGCAAAUUGAGGCAAAUAUUAAGAGCGCUGUGGCUUGUUUGGAAAAGAUGGUCGAAUGUCACACAAAACCGAAGCUGCAAGAGAAGUACAGUGUGAAAUAA